AUGAAAACCAAAUUUAUCAACGGAGUUUCUUCUUCCCCGUCCAUGUCUCUGGGGCUGCUUGUGACGGAGAAUGCCCUGCACGUCCAGCCUGAAGUCCAGAUUGAGUGUAAAGAGCUGAUCCGCCCUGAGCAGCCCGAUCCAGACACCAGGCGCAAGGCUUUCUCCUGGUGCCGUGAGUUUCUGCACGGAGCCUGGAAACGGCUGACGGAGGACAACUUCCAAAUCACCAUCAUAAGGGGUGGUCUGAGCAACAAGCUGUUCCUGUGCAGUCUUCCUGACUGCAUGGACACUGUUGGAGAUGAGCCAAGGAGCAUCCUACUGCGCCUCUAUGGGGCCAUCCUGCAGGUGAAUCCACCCAUAAACACGAUGUCCUGUAAUAAGGGGGAAUGCGGGCAAUCGAACAAAGAUAAUAACUUCCAAGGAACUGAGGCCAUGGUGCUGGAGAGUGUGAUGUUCGCCAUUUUAGCGGAGAGAGAGCUGGGACCCAAACUGUACGGGCUCUUUCCCCAAGGACGACUGGAGGAGUACGUCCCUAGUCGUAAGCUGGAGACCUGUGAACUGAGCUCUCCCAGUAUCUCGGCAGAGGUGGCUGAGAAGAUGGCCAAGUUUCACGGGAUGAGAAUGCCGUUCAACAAAGAACCGAAGUGGCUGUUUGGAACCAUGGAAAAGUACCUGAGCCAAGUGAUGAAGCUGAACUUCACCAGGGAGUCCCAGCUGCGCCUCCACAACCGUCUGCUGAGCUACGACUUGCCUCGUGAGAUGGACUCUCUCAGGGCGCUGCUGACCUCUACGCCAUCUCCUGUCGUGUUCUGUCACAACGACUGUCAGGAAGGGAACAUCCUACUGCUGAGCGGCUGUCAGAGCUCUCACCAGAAGCUCAUGCUCAUUGAUUUUGAGUAUAGCAGCUACAAUUACAGAGGCUUUGACAUCGGUAAUCAUUUCUGCGAAUGGAUGUACGACUACAACUGUGAGGAGUUUCCUUUCUUCAAAGUGAAUACCCAGGCGUACCCCACCAAAGCCCAGCAGAUGUUUUUCAUUGAAAACUACCUGCGUGAGUUCGAGCCUGAUUUUGAUCACUUGGAUGAAGAAAACCAAAUGAGGCUGAAGGAGGAGAUGUUUGUGGAGGUGAACAGGUUUUCAUUGGCUUCUCAUUUCUUCUGGGGAUUAUGGUCCUUAAUCCAGGCUCGACUCUCCACCAUCAAAUUUGGAUAUCUUGAAUAUGCUGAGGCCAGAUUCGAAGCAUACUUCGCCCAGAAGAGGUUGUUGGGCCUGUAG